CUGGCUGGGGUAUUUAACGCUUUGUUCCAUUGUUACAGUGUUAUCCAGCUGGUCUGGUUUAGGAGUAGGGGGAGGUCUACUGUCACUGGACAUCAUUGCACUUUUUAACAAUUGAAUCUUCUCCUUUUUGUUUGUAAGGAUGUCUUUUUCUUGCAACAAUUCUUUGGACGGCAGCUUUCCUCCGUCUCCAGCGGAGGACAGGGGCUCCAAGCGGCUGUCCUGGGGCAGCCUGCUGCAGAGGCUGACUGAGCUGAAGGGGAUCAAUCAGAGGGUCACAGCCGACCAUCAGUGUAGCAGGAGUGAGACUGGAUCGGUGGCAGACAUGUCCCUGUCAGAAUCAGACAGUAGCUUCUUUUGUUAUCCCCUGGAGGAAACCUUGGCUACAGAUGUUGUAGCGACCAUAGCACAAAGUCUCAGUGAUGCAUCUGACAUUCUGCACUGCUCCAAACUCAUCUUACCUGACUUUCUACUGCACAACAUCAGUCAAGAGCUGCUCCAUCUGGCUGUCAGUGAGCCUUGUGGCAUCAGGGGAGCCCUCAUCGACCUGUGUGUGGACAGGGGGGACCAGGACUCUCUAUGUACUGUAGACCAAAUAGCGGUGGAUUCCACCUUGGUUCCAACUUUUCAUGUGACUCUAGUGCUGAGGCUGGAGUCCAGUGGAUUGUGGCCCAAGGUUCAGAAGCUCUUCAAGGGUAGCACAUCACCACAGACAAGGCACCAAAGGCACCAAAACACUCUGAGGUUGAGUACAAGCUUCAGGGCUAUCAAAAGGAAACUGUAUUGUUCAGGGGAGCUGCUGAUUGAGGAGUGCUGCUGACUUAGCACUCAAGACUAUACCUGAUAAGCUGAACUGAACUGAAUUCAUAUGUACUGUGACAGGAGGCCGUAGGGCUAAGCAUUAUCUCUCAUGGCAGCUACUCACCUAUUUCAGGUGGCUCAACAGUGAAGACUCAUGUUUGAACACGGAUCAGUGUUUUUCCUAUGAAUGUAAGGUCCCGUCUUUAAGGGAAUGGCUCAUGUAUUUGAUAGUCAAAUAUGACCUGAAACUUGUGUGUGUUUUGUAUUUUGAACAACUUAAGGACAGAACUAAUAAAUUAUUUUAUAUU